GUAAAAAGACCGGCAUCUGAUACUUCCAUCUGUUUUGCUCGGGUGACACACAGAUACACUCUCACUCUCACAGACGUGAUAAUCCUCUCCGCAACAUGUUAUUUUUUGUCAACACAAUUUAAUGGCUAUGUUCGCGCAUUCCAGUCGAAUCGACGCAGGAUUUCUAACCGCGCGGCCUUCCUCUGUGCGGACCGCCAUGGCGACGCUGUCAGUUAGAGACGCCAGACGGGAGGACUGCAAGGAGGUGCGCCGUCUCAUUCAGGAACUAGCUGAUUUUGAAAAAAUGCCUGAUGGACCCCGAAUAGAUGAGAAAGAUCUAGAACGUGAUUCAUUUGAUGUUAAACCACCACUUUUCUACUGCUAUGUUGUGGAUGAUCCCAACGAUUCAUCAAAACUUAUUGGUUACGCUAUUUACUUCUAUGCGUAUGGCGCAUUGACUGGUCGUAAAAUGUACCUUGAGGACAUUUAUGUAACUGAGACUUUUAGAGGGAAAGGCGUUGGACACAUGUUAUUCCAGAAAGUUGUUCAGAAAGGAGUUGAGAUGAAAUGUGUUGACAUGGAUUUUGUUGUCUUGGACUGGAACCCAGCUCAAGAUUUCUACAAAGCAAGAGGAGCUCGUGACAUCACAGAAGAGGGAUCUUGGCAUCUUUAUCACCUGGGAAAUGACUGCCUAAAGACUCUCACAGGAAAAAGUAAAUAAUUGAGCUUUUCCUCUUCUUAAAAAAAAAUAAAAAAUUGAGGUAUAAAAAUUGUUCAUUGACUCUCUGUGAUAUUAUGCAUUAUGUGCUCUUUGAAUCAUGUGAAGAGGUAAAAAAAUAAAAGUGAAAUAUUGAA